CGUACAUCGCUGCACCAGACACAGCUCACGUUGACAGGAGUGUAACGCUGUCCUGCUACAGUAUCAUCCGUGGUUUUCCGGUUGUUGAUGUAAACGAGUCCGUUAAGUGGCGCAGGCACGGUUUGCUACUAGACGCGAGCUCUGAAUACAUAAGACAGGAGAGUCAUACAAAGACCUGGUGGAGAAGAUACUACAGAAGUACCCUCACAGUCAGUGACGUAAGCACAGCCAGUGUCAAGUUGUAUCAAGACCGAUGUUGGUGUCAGGAUGGAGUGAAGUGUAUGCACUGGUAAAACAAUGUGGGUCUAAUGAAAACUACACAGUAGUUCGUGAAGGACACAGCGCUUUGAUUAUUUGGCAGAUGCCGUUGGUUGGUGAGGGUUUCUUUGUAGGGGCCCCUGCAAAUACAUUACUCUUUAAUGUAGACGCAUCUAGGGUCUACAUCUAUGAUUCCUACCAAACGAGAGUCAAUAUAAUGCAGUUAACAACGACAGCUGAUUCUGUCAUCAUCCGGUUCUGGCUACACAAUGCAACAUACGGGGAUGCGGGAAAAUACCAAUGUUCCACACGGCUUGUUAAACCCAUUCCCAAUUGCCAUCACAUGUUGUAUGUACAAGAUUUCCAACAGCCGUACAUCGCUGCACCAGACACAGCACACGUGGACAGGAGUGUAACGCUGUCUUGCUUCAGCGUCUUCAAACUUCACGGUCCAGAUGAUGUAAAGUUGAUGGUGUCCAUUAACUGGAGAAGGAACGGUUUACUUGUAAAUGACAGAAUAGAAUACAACGUAACUCGGGGGAACCAUGCGUGGGGCUGGGGAAUGACAUACUACAGAAGUAUCCUCACUGUCAGUGACGUCAGCACAGCUAAGGGAGAUAACUUCCAGUGUCAGGCUGUAUUAGGACCGAGGGCAGUGUCAGGAUGGAGUGAAGUGUAUGCACUGGUUAAACAAUCUGGGUCUUAUGAAAACUACACAGUAGUUCGUGAAGGACACAGUUGUUUGAUUACUUUGAAGAUGCCGUGGAAUAAGUAUUUCAAAGUGAUGGGCCCUGGAAAUAAAAGACUCUUUGAAGUAGACACUCCUCGGGUACACUCUGAUAAGGUCUACAUCUGGAAUUCCUACCGAACGAGAGUCAAUAUAACGAAGAUAACAAGGUCAGUUGAUGCAGUCAUCCUCCAGUUCUCGCUUCACAAUGCAACAUCAGAGGAUGCGGGAAGAUACCACUGUUCCACAUGGAGUGAUGGCCCCAUUCCCAAUUGUCAGCACAUGUUGUAUGUACAAGGAAAACCCGCUCACUCAUACAUCAGCGUCGUUGUCAACACCACCAUCAUGGGUAUCAUCGUGGACAAGUUGUGA